AUGCCGUCCUUUGUUUUACCACCCGUCACCAAUAACGCCAGCAAGGUCCAGCUUGCACGUAUCAGCCAUGUCUACCAAUCGCAUCCGGAUCUUAAGAAGUGGGAAGAAUUUGCCGAGGCAUUUGGCUUUAUACUUGAAGCCAGAAACGAUCAGGAAGCUUUCUAUAGGGGCUAUGGCAUGUCGCCGUACGUUUGUGUCGCGUCACAGAGCAAAGGCCCAGAGAAAGAGUUCGGUGGUGCAGCAUUUGUUGCACAGACUGAAGAGGACUUCCAGAAAGCUACAAGGCUCGAGAAUGCGGAAUGUAAGGAUUUGAGUAAAGCUCCUGGUGGGGGCAAGAUGGUGACAAUCCCAACUCCAUCGGGGAGCUGUAUCCAUGUUGUUUUUGGUCAGCAGGAACGGCCUUUGCCGGAAAAGCCAGUAUCGGCCACAGAAAUCCACAAGGGAGAGUAUAAUACGAGUAUAGAAAAGCUGAGAAAAGGCGAAUUCCAACGAUUCAAGCCUGGCCCCGCCAUGGUCCACAAGCUGGGUCACUACGGUUUUAUCACCAAGAAGUGGGACGAAGAUGUUGCUUUCUACACGGGAAAUUUUAAUUUCAUGCCUUCUGAUAUUCUGUAUGCUCCUGGAAAUCCGGAUAUGGACGUCUUAACGUUUCUGCAUCUUGAUCUUGGAAAAACUUUCUCCGACCAUCACUCUCUCUUCCUUGCGCGCGCCCCUCCCGACCUCCCUGCAACAAUAGUACAUCACACGUCAUACGAAGUUGAUGAUUUUGAUACCCAGCUUCUAGGGCAUGAGUUCUUACUUAGCAAAGGAUAUAAGCUGGUAUGGGGAGUUGGACGACAUGUCUUAGGAUCACAGAUCUUCGACUAUUGGAAGGAUCCCAGUGGUUUUACAAUUGAGCAUUAUGCUGAUGGCGAUGUGGUGAAUGAAGAUACGAAGGUCUUGAGACAGGAGGAUCAGGGCCCCAACACUUUAUCCGUGUGGGGACCAAAGUUGCCAGAAGUGUUCUAG